UUCCGCCCCCGUCCCGAACGUGCCUGUGAGACCUUCUCCCACCUCUUCGUCUCUUUCCCAUUUUGUUAGGGCAAAAAUAAGAGGAUUAAGAACUAUCCACAACGAACCCCCUCCCCUCUUCUCCCUCCUCAGUUUCCAAACCCUAAUCCUCCGAUCCCCAUCUCCUGAGGAGAUCCCAAACUCCUCCGAUCUCGCGCUCGGGUGGGUGGGGACUGGGGAGGGGGCGAGGGGGGAGAUGACGACGUACGGCACGAUACCGACCUCUUCGUCCCCCGGGGGGGCGGGGUCGCCCCUCGGCUUCAUCUCGCGGGCGAAGGAGCGCGGCUACUCGGCGCUGGCGACGCGGCGGCCGUGGCGGGAGAUGGCGGAUCCGCGCGCCUUCGGGUUCCCCCUGAGCCUCGGCGAGGCCUACCUCCGGAUCCGCACCAACCUCGCCUACUUCGCCAUGAACUACGCCAUCGUCGUCCUCGUCGUCGUCUUCCUCAGCCUCCUCUGGCACCCGAUCUCCCUCAUCGUCUUCAUCGCCGCCAUGAUCGCGUGGCUCUUCCUCUACUUCCUCCGCGACGAGCCCCUCGUCCUCUUCGGCCGCACCAUCAGCGACACCAUCAUCCUCGCCGUCCUCGCCGUCGUAACCCUCGUCCUCCUCCUCCUCACCAACGCCACCCUCAACAUCCUCGUCUCCCUCCUCGUCGGGCUCCUCGUCGUCGUGGCGCACGCCGCGCUCAGGAAGACGGAGCAUCUCUACAUGGAGGAGGAGGCGGCGGGCCCAGGUAGGUGGUACACGUCGAUCGGAGAAGGGAGCAAACCAUCGACCUCCUCCCGAUCCUAGGGUUUCGUCCCCUCCGAUCUCGCACACUCUUCUUCUUCCUCCCCCGUGUAUCGUAAAUCGCCAUUACUGUGUAUUGUGUAUGCUCCUUUUGCAAUUCGAUCCGUGUGUUCUCCAUUUUAGGGCCUUUGUUUGGAUGGCGAGUGAGUGGUGAUUCAAAUUUGUUCUGUGGCUAAAAUUUUGUUGCUCUGGUUUGUGUUGAUCGUGGCGAUCAAUUUAAUUUAAAAUUUGGGGUAAAUUUCAA